CGCGGGCUGCGGGGUGCGGCGGCGGCGGCGGCGGCGGCGGGGCGCGCGAACGGGGCCGGUGUGGGGCUGGAGGGCGGCCCCCCGGAGCCAGCGGCGGCGAAGGGACAGGCCCGUCCCCUGGGGCAGCCGCUGGCCAUGCCCACCCUCUGCCUCCUCGUGCUGUUCCUCCUCGUCGUGGGGCGGGCCCUGGGUGCCAGCAGGCCCUUCCCUGCCUUCUCGGUGACGGACACCUCACUCACCCACCUGGCGGUGCACCGGGUGACCGGGGAGGUCUUUGUGGGCGCGGUGAACCGCAUCUUCAAGCUGGCCCCCAACCUGACCGAGCUGCGGGUCCAUGUCACGGGGCCCGUCGAGGACAAUGCUCGCUGCUACCCGCCCCCCAGCAUGCGCGCGUGCGCCCACCGCUUGUCACCUGUGGACAACGUGAACAAGCUGCUACUCAUAGACUACGCGGCCCGCCGCCUGGUGGCCUGCGGCAGUGUCUGGCAGGGCAUCUGCCAGUUUCUGCGCCUGGAUGACCUCUUCAAGCUGGGCGAGCCGCACCACCGCAAGGAGCACUACCUGUCGGGGGCCCAGGAGCCUGACUCCAUGGCUGGCGUCAUCGUGGAGCAGGGCCAGGGCCCCAGCAAGCUGUUCGUGGGCACCGCUGUGGAUGGCAAGUCCGAGUACUUCCCCACCCUGAGCUCCCGGAAGCUCAUUGGCGACGAAGACAGUAGCGACAUGUUCAGUCUGGUCUACCAGGACGAGUUCGUCUCCUCCCAGAUCAAGAUCCCCUCUGACACGCUGUCCCUGCACCCGGCCUUCGACAUCUACUACGUCUACGGCUUCGCCAGCGCCUCCUUCGUGUACUUCCUGACGCUGCAGCUGGACACGCAGCAGACGCUGCUGGACACGGCGGGCGAGAAGUUCUUCACGUCCAAGAUCGUGCGCAUGUGCUCGGGGGACUCGGAGUUCUACUCGUAUGUGGAGUUCCCCAUCGGCUGCUCCUGGCGCGGCGUCGAGUACCGCCUGGUGCAGAGUGCCCACCUGGCCAAGCCGGGCCUGCUGCUGGCCCAGGCCCUGGGCGUGCCGGCCGACGAGGACGUGCUCUUCACCGUCUUCUCCCAGGGCCAGAAGAACCGGGCCAGCCCGCCGCGCCAGACCGUCCUCUGCCUCUUCACGCUCAGCAACAUCAACGCCCACAUCCGGCGCCGCAUCCAGUCCUGCUACCGCGGCGAGGGCACGCUGGCCCUGCCCUGGCUGCUCAACAAGGAGCUGCCCUGCAUCAACACCCCCAUGCAGAUCAAUGGAAACUUCUGCGGGCUGGUGUUGAACCAGCCGCUGGGCGGCCUGCACGUGAUCGAGGGGCUGCCCCUGCUGGCCGACAGCACGGACGGCAUGGCCAGCGUGGCCGCCUACGCCUACCGGCAGCACUCCGUGGUCUUCGUCGGCACCCGCAGCGGCAGCCUGAAGAAGGUGCGGGUGGAUGGCUCCCAGGAGGCCCGCCUUUACGAGACGGUGCCCGUGCUGGAUGGCAGCCCCAUACUCCGAGACCUGCUCUUCAGCCCUGACCACCGGCACAUCUACCUCCUUGGCGAGAAGCAGGUGAGCCAGCUCCCGGUGGAGACCUGUGAGCAGUACCCGAGCUGCGAGGCCUGCCUGGGCUCGGGGGACCCGCACUGCGGCUGGUGCGUGUUGCAGCACAGAUGCUGCCGCCAGGGGGCCUGUCCGGGGGCCUCAGCCCCACACGGCUUCGCAGAGGUGCUGAGCAGGUGCGUCCAGGUGCGGAUCCGGCCCAGCAACGUGUCGGUGACCUCGCCCGGGGUGCAGCUGACAGUGGCCAUGCACAACGUGCCAGACCUCAGCGCAGGUGUGAGCUGUGCCUUCGAGGAGGUGGCGGAGAGCGAGGCGGUCCUGCUGCCUUCUGGGGAGUUGCGCUGCCCCUCGCCUUCCGUCCAGGAGCUCCGGGCUCUCACCCGGGGGCACGGAGCCACCCGCACAGUGCGGCUGCAGCUGCUCUCCAAGGAGACCGGCGUGGGGUUCGCGGGGGCUGACCUUGUCUUCUACAACUGCAGCGUCCUCCAGUCGUGCAGGUCCUGCGUCGGCAGCCCUUACCCCUGCCACUGGUGUAAGUACCGCCACGUGUGUACCAGCCACCCCCACGAGUGCUCUUUCCAGGAGGGCAGGGUGCACAGCCCCGAGGGCUGCCCCGAGAUCCUGCCCAGCGGGGACCUCCUGAUCCCGGUAGGCGUCAUGCAGCCGCUCACCCUGCGGGCCAAGAACCUGCCGCAGCCCCAGUCGGGCCAGAAGAACUACGAGUGCGUGGUCCGGGUGCGGGGGCGGCAGCAGCGGGUGCCUGCCAUCCGCUUCAACAGUAGCAGCGUGCAGUGCCAGAACGCCUCGUACUCGUAUGAAGGCGAUGAGCAUGGCGACACUGAGCUCGACUUCUCCGUGGUCUGGGACGGAGGCUUCCCCAUCGACCAGCCUGCCACCUUCCGAGCCCUCCUGUACAAGUGCUGGGCGCAGCGGCCCAGCUGUGGCCUCUGCCUCAAGGCCGACCCCCGCUUCAACUGUGGCUGGUGCGUCUCGGAGCACAGGUGCCAGCUGCGGGCCCACUGCCCGGCCAAGACCAACUGGAUGCACCCAAGCCAGAAGGGUGCUCGCUGCAGCCACCCCCGCAUCGCCCAGAUCCACCCGCUCAGGGGGCCCAAGGAGGGAGGCACCCGGGUCACCAUCGUCGGCGAGAACCUGGGCCUCAGCUCCCGAGAGGUGGGCGUGCGGGUGGCCGGUGUGCGCUGCAACCCCAUCCCCGCCGAGUAUGUCAGCGCCGAGAGGAUCGUGUGCGAGAUGGAGGAGUCGCUGGUGCCCAGCCCGCUGCCGGGCCCCGCGGAGCUGUGCGUCGGCGACUGCUCGGCCGACUUCCGCACGCAGUCGGAGCAGCUCUACAGCUUCGUGACGCCGACAUUCGACGGCGUGAGUCCCCACCGGGGCCCGGCCUCCGGGGGCACGCGGCUCACCCUCUCCGGAAGUUCUCUGGAUGCCGGCAGCAGGGUCACGGUGACCGUGAGAGAUGGCGAGUGCCACUUUGUGCGGAGGGACGCGGAAGCCAUCGUGUGCAUCUCGCCUGUCUCCACCCUGGGCCCCAGCCAGGCCCCCGUCACCCUGGCCAUCGACCGCGCCAACCUCUCCAGUCCUGGCGUCUUCUACACCUACACCCAGGACCCCACUGUCACUCGCCUGGAGCCCACCUGGAGCAUCAUCAAUGGAAGCACUGCCAUCACCGUCAGUGGGACCCACCUGCUGACAGUCCAGGAGCCCCGGGUGCGGGCCAAGUACCGAGGCAUUGAGACCACCAACACGUGCCAGGUGAUCAACGACACCGCCAUGCUGUGCAAGGCCCCCGGCAUCUUCCUGGGGCGGCCCCAGCUGCAGGCCCAGGGGGAGCACCCCGAUGAGUUUGGCUUCCUGCUGGACCACGUGCAGACGGCCCGCUCCCUCAACCGGUCCUCCUUCACCUACUACCCCGACCCCAGCUUCGAGCCCCUCGGGCCCUCUGGUGUCCUGGACGUGAAGCCCGGCUCCCACGUGGUGCUCAAGGGCAAGAACCUGAUCCCCGCGGCGGCCGGCAGCUCCCGCCUCAACUACACAGUGUUGAUUGGGGGCCAGCCGUGCGCGCUCACCGUCUCGGACACGCAGCUCCUGUGCGACUCCCCCAGCCAGACAGGCCGGCAGCCUGUCAUGGUGCUGGUGGGCGGCCUGGAGUUCUGGCUGGGCACCCUGCACAUCACGGCCGAGCGGGCGCUGACCCUGCCGGCCAUGGUGGGGCUGGCGGCGGGGGGCGGGCUGCUGCUGCUGGCCAUCACCGCCGUGCUGGUCGCCUACAAACGCAAGACUCGGGACGCGGACCGCACGCUCAAGCGGCUCCAGCUGCAGAUGGACAACUUGGAGUCCCGGGUGGCCCUGGAGUGCAAGGAAGCCUUUGCUGAGCUGCAGACAGACAUCAACGAGCUGACCAACCACAUGGACGGGGUGCAGAUCCCGUUCCUGGACUACCGGACCUACGCCGUGCGGGUGCUUUUCCCGGGCAUCGAGGCCCACCCGGUGCUCAAGGAGCUGGACACCCCCCCCAACGUCGAGAAGGCCCUGCGUCUCUUCGGGCAGCUGCUGCACAGCCGCGCCUUCGUCCUGACCUUCAUCCACACGCUGGAGGCCCAGAGCAGCUUCUCCAUGCGCGACCGCGGCACCGUGGCCUCGCUCACCAUGGUGGCUCUGCAGAGCCGCCUCGAUUACGCCACAGGUCUGCUCAAGCAGCUGCUGGCGGACCUCAUAGAGAAGAACCUGGAGAGCAAGAACCACCCGAAGCUGCUGCUGCGCAGGACCGAGUCGGUGGCCGAGAAGAUGCUGACCAACUGGUUCACCUUCCUGCUGUAUAAGUUCCUGAAGGAGUGCGCGGGGGAGCCGCUCUUCCUGCUCUACUGCGCCAUCAAGCAGCAGAUGGAGAAGGGCCCCAUCGACGCCAUCACGGGCGAGGCGCGCUACUCCCUGAGCGAGGACAAGCUCAUCCGGCAGCAGAUCGACUACAAGAUGCUGACCCUGCACUGUGUGUGCCCGGAGAGCGAGGGCAGCGCCCACGUCCCGGUGAAGGUUCUCAAUUGCGACAGCAUCACCCAGGCCAAAGACAAGCUGCUGGACGCCGUGUACAAGGGGAUCCCCUACUCGCAGCGCCCCAAAGCUGAGGACAUGGACCUAGAGUGGCGCCAGGGCCGCAUGGCCCGCAUCAUUCUCCAGGACGAGGAUGUCACCACCAAGAUCGAGUGCGACUGGAAGAGGGUCAACUCGCUGGCCCACUACCAGGUGACAGAUGGUUCCUUGGUGGCACUGGUGCCCAAGCAAGUGUCAGCCUAUAACCUAGCCAACUCCUUCACCUUCACCCGCUCCCUCAGCCGCUACGAGAGCUUGCUCCGCACGGCCAGCAGCCCCGACAGCCUCCGCUCGCGGGCGCCCAUGAUCACGCCCGACCAGGAAACGGGCACCAAGCUGUGGCACCUGGUGAAAAACCACGACCACGCCGACCACCGUGAGGGCGACCGUGGCAGCAAGAUGGUCUCGGAGAUCUACCUGACGCGGCUGCUGGCCACCAAGGGCACGCUGCAGAAGUUCGUGGACGAUCUCUUUGAGACCGUGUUUAGCACGGCCCACCGGGGCUCGGCCCUGCCUCUGGCCAUCAAGUACAUGUUCGACUUCCUGGACGAGCAGGCUGACCAGCGGCAGAUCAGCGACCCUGACGUGCGCCACACCUGGAAGAGCAACUGCCUGCCCCUGCGCUUCUGGGUGAACGUGAUCAAGAACCCGCAGUUCGUGUUCGACAUCCACAAGAGCAGCAUCACGGACGCCUGCCUGUCGGUGGUGGCCCAGACCUUCAUGGACUCGUGCUCCACGUCCGAGCACCGGCUGGGCAAGGACUCGCCGUCCAACAAGCUGCUCUACGCCAAGGACAUCCCCAACUACAAGAGCUGGGUGGAGAGGUACUACCGGGACAUAGCGAAAAUGGCAUCCAUCAGCGACCAGGACAUGGACGCAUACCUGGUGGAGCAGUCCCGACUCCACGCCAGUGACUUCAACGUCCUGAGCGCACUCAGCGAGCUCUACUUCUAUGUCGCCAAGUACCGCCAGGAGGUUCUCAGCGCUCUGGACCGGGACGCCUCUUGUCGGAAGCAUAAGUUGCGCCAGAAGCUGGAACAGAUCAUCGGCCUCGUGUCGAGCAACAGCUAAGGGUGGCAGAACCGGUGAGGAGGGGGCUUCUCAGUCCUGAGCCGUCCCCCUGUCCCGGGGGGCGUCUCACGCCUGGGUCUCGGGCUUGGCCCUGGAUGCCCUGGAUCGGGUGGCACGGGAGAGGUCACGGCCGAGAUGCCCCCGGCACACCUGGGCCCCCGUCGUUAGUGCCUUGCUCUGGGCCCUGCUGGGGAGGGGGUGACAGGACCCAGCCCCCGCCCAGGCAGCAGCAAUACUCCCCUCCCACCCUCGUGCCAGGUCUCGUGGCAUGGCCCCUGCCCUCCUUGCUAUUUAUGCCCGCGCCCCUAUUUAUUUAUCGCCCCUGGCGGUCCCCGUCUGUAAAUACGCGCCCGCACCACAUGUCGCCGGCCUCGCUCACCUUCUCUCCUGGUGUCCUCCUGGCUCCCUGGUGACCUGGUCGGCCUCGGCCAGGCCCGGGCUGCUCACCUUUGCCGCUGCCAGCCCGCUCUUCCCAGGCAGUGCUGGGGUCUGGGGACACGGCCGGAGCGGCCCGCGGACUGUGGCCGUGCCCGGCGCCCCACCGCCGCCCCGCAGCCCCCCCCCCCACCCCCGGGCGGAAGCCUCUGCCACUCGGGGCACCCGGCGAGCCCGACCCGGGCCCCUGGCCCUCCGCCCCUCCGCCCCCUGCCCGGCGCCCGCCCGGGGCCCGGGCGGCAGUGCCUUACUCCCUCCUUCCGCCUCCUUGGAGCGGCCCGGCCCCGUCUCGCCGCCCUGGAAACCCAGUUUGCUUCGGGUCGUCGUUUGCAUGAGGUUUUCUUUGCCGUGUGGGGUUUUCUCCUUAUUAAAUGUCGGGAAAUGGA